GGGAGGGAAGGAAAGAGGGAGGAGACUGGCUUUCCUCCGCCCGCUCUACCGCGCCCAGCCUGCGGAGGCGCCGCCGAGUUCAGCAAAGGGUUAAGCCGGGGCGAGCUGCCGCUGCUGCCCAGAGCCCGGGCCACCAGCCCAGGGUGGACGCGCCGAGCUCCGCGACCGAGCCCGGGGGAAGGAAAAGUUGGGGCGAGCCCAGCGCGGCUCGGGGCUUGGUCGGCGGGUUGGCGAGCAGCAGCAGCAGCCGCCGCAACCACCGCCGCCGCCGCCUCCUUCUCCUCCUCUUCCUCCUCCUCCUCCCCUAGGAGCCAGGAUGCCUGGAAGCGACACGGCGCUCACAGUGGACCGGACCUACUCGGACCCGGGCCGGCACCAGCGCUGCAAGCGCCGGGUGGAGAGGCAUGACAUGAACACCCUGAGCCUUCCCCUCAACAUCCGGCGUGGGGGGUCUGACACCAACCUCAACUUUGAUGUCCCUGAUGGCAUCCUGGACUUUCACAAGGUCAAGUUCACUGCUGACAGCUUGAGGCAGAAGAUUCUCAAGGUGACUGAACAGAUCAAGAUCGAGCAGACAUCGAGAGAUGGGAACGUAGCUGAGUACCUCAAGCUUGUGAACAGCGCAGACAAGCAGCAGGCCGGGCGCAUCAAGCAGGUGUUUGAGAAGAAGAACCAGAAGUCAGCCCAUUCCAUCGCCCAACUCCAGAAGAAAUUGGAACAGUACCAUCGAAGGCUCCGGGAGAUCGAACAGAAUGGCACCCCACGCGCCUCCAAGGACAACGCCAGGGACAACCCAAAGGAUGGCCACGGUAAAUCUCGGCCGGCAUGCCAAGGGAUGGAGAGUGGCAAGUCGGGCAUGCCAGGGGUCUCCCUGACACCGCCAGUGUUUGUUUUCAACAAGUCCAGGGAGUUUGCCAACCUGAUCCGGAACAAAUUUGGCAGCGCAGACAACAUCGCCCACCUAAAGAGCUCCUUAGAGGAGUUCAGGCCGGAGGCCAGCUCGAGAGCCUACGGGGGAAGCGCCACCAUCGUGACCAAGCCCAAAUACGGGAGUGACGACGAGUGUUCUAGUGGCACAUCGGGCUCAGCGGACAGUAACGGGAACCAGUCCUUUGGGACUGGCGGAACCAACACUCUGAGCAGCCAAGGCAAGCUGGCCAUGAUCUUGGAGGAGCUACGAGAGAUUAAGGAGACCCAGACACAACUGGCCGAGGACAUCGAGUCUCUCAAGGGCCAGUUCAAAAGGGAAUACAGCUUUAUUUCUCAGACCUUGCAAGAGGAACGAUACAGGUAUGAGAGGCUAGAAGAUCAACUCCAUGACUUGACAGAUCUUUCACCAGCACGAGACCACAACCUGAAGCAGGAGCUCGCCAGCAUUGAAGAGAAGGUGGCCUAUCAGGCCUAUGAAAGGUCUCGAGAUGUUCAGGAAGCCUUGGAGUCCUGCCAGACCCGCAUCUCCAAGCUUGAGCUCCAUCAACAAGAGCAGCAAGCCGUCCAGACCGACACUGUGAACGCCAAAGUCCUCCUGGGCAAGUGCAUCAACGUGAUCCUAGCUUUCAUGACCGUCGUCCUCGUGUGUGUGUCCACCAUCGCCAAGUUUGUCGCCCCCAUGAUGAAGAGCCGUUUCCACAUCCUCGGCACCUUCUUUGCAGUCACACUUCUUGCGAUAUUUUUUAAAAACUGGGAUCACAUUCUGGGUGCUAUCGAGAGGAUAAUAAUACCGAGAUGAAGCGAUUCAUCCUGGCUUCGCAUUCUCUUGAGAUAGUACAACCUUUUCCACAUAUACUAAGUACCAAAUUUUUAAAAACAGCUGUCGUGCACACUGGAUGACAGCUUCAAGAGGACUCAAGCUGUAACCUGUAAAUAAUUGCAAUUCUCUAACUUGAUAGCAGUUGCCUACUUAAUCACUGUCCAUGGUUAGCCCGUCUCUUGUAAAAUUCUUCCCUCACUACUUGCUGCCUUAAUCGGAACAGAUUUCCACUCUGCAAAACCAGCACAGCGUAAAAAGGGAGUGUCGGGUUGUUUUAUUUUAUGUUUUUAAUUUAACUUUUUUUUUUUUAAUUUAAGUUUAUGGGGCUUGGUCAGGAAGAUUUGGUCUAUGGAAAAUGUCAGAAGGGUGAAAGUGGAUUUCAGAAACCUACCCUUUGAAACUCAAGGUCUCAGCAAACCCUUUCUUCCAUCGAUCUGCCUCCCAGAGAAAUUGUAGGGUUUGAUUUGGUGAAAGAGACCUAGGGGGACCCAAUAUGCUUAUUAGCUGGUCCUUAGCUAGAAACCCCAUGUUUGCAGUGAUUCAUUAGAAUUAUCACAGGAAUGUUGAAAUGGCUUCCAACAAACAAAAUUAGGGUUUUAAUGGGGAUCUUCUGUCCUUGAAAUCACAAAGUGGUAGCACUUAUGAGUAGAUUUAGUCAUUCCACUUGACUAUCUUAACUGACUAGAGACCUAUUUUUGUUCAAGAAGGUGCCAAAUAAUUCCAUAUGACUCAUGAGUAGUGACUGGUCUGGAAGUCAUUUGUAUUUUGGACUGGGUCCUUCGAGGAGUACCCUGGCCUGUUUCUAUGUGACAUCCCGCCUUUCAGGAAGAUGUGGUCCCCAUUUUCAUUUUCUCUGGGGGAAAUCUCGAAGCAUAUGGGAACAUAGGAAUGAUGCCGUGUUGCUAUAGGAAACGAGAGAGACAUGCUUGAUUCAACAUGACUUCAUGGCCAACUGCUAUAAAGAGAGCAUGAUGUCAUGUCUGGCAAUAGGGCAGGAGUUGAGUGAAGAGUGAUUGAAGUGGAUGAUGGAAUCAGCCACCACACUGAUAAGGUGCUCUCAGGAAGGUGGGAGAUUAGAGAAAGAAUAACUUGCUAGAGAUGCCACCUAUCCCUUGUGGUCUUAAGGAAAAUGGUAUUGAAAUGAAAGCAUCCUAAAGAGUUCCAACUAAGGUGAAAUAUUUUUGCCUAGGAGUAAGGAGGAAAAAACACUUUCUUUGACAUAGAAGCUUUUAAAAUUAUUUAAAAAGCAAAAGAAAGAAAAUGGAAGAGCUGUUUCGGUAGAAAUUUUCUAUUUGGCUCUGUUAUUCAAAACACACCUUCCUUCGGGUGUGACAGGAGUGUGUAUAUGUGUGUUAACUUUUAAUAUGAAGAUCUGCUGAAGCAUCAGUGCAGUUUUUUGUCUUCAGGAAGCACUGUUUUUAAUAACAUAGAUUCAAACAAAGUGCAAUAUUUUUCAAAUAGCUGCUCUUAGGGAAAUCUCUUUGUUUAAUGUGAUUGUGCAAACUCUAGUUUAAGGGAAUGUGAGGGGAAAUGGGUGUGGCUGUGAUUUCGUGUUACAGGAGUUUAAAGAAGAAUAGAGCUAUGUCUAUGGGUUUUUCAGAUUCCUUUGAACCAGGCACUAGGGAAGAGCUGAGAUUCCUUCUUGACCCUUUGCUUCCUGGUAUUAGGACUCUUGUCUUGGCCUGAGGUGUUUCCAUGAUAAAUGAAUAACUCACCAAGCCAGGGUUAAAUGGCAAGAUCUUGGGGUCUUGGGGAGGAGUAUAUAGGUGAGUUUUAGUUUCCUUUCCAUGUCUGUAUUUAGAGAUCAGUAUUCACCUGCACCUGUGAACAGGGAUAAACAAAUUAUAGCAUGUGUGUCACUGACUGAUCUCACAAGCAGGAUUCCAAGUCUGCUCUCAGAGGAAGGCCCUGAAAAGUACUCAGGGAUUGGGGGAUGAGGGUGAGGUCUUUGUUCUGUAAUGGUUUGUGUAGCUGUUUCUUUUUGUUUGGAGAGAAUGAGUAAAAACCUGUUUCUGUCCCUUGGGGAUUAAUUUUUGGCCCCCUCUUUAUUGCUUCUUCAUGUAAUCAAGCUGCUUGGUUCUCUUUUCACUGCUAAGACUUCCGAUGAAUGAAUCUUCUCACUCUAGUAUGAAUCAGUAAAUGUUUGGAAUGGAAUAAAUGAGGUUUCAUUGGGAUGCUACCUGGUCACAUUCCAAUUUCUGGGAAUAGAGAGUGAAGCCAACUCGAGAGGGAUGACACCCUGAAACGUCUGUGAUUGACAAUAUCUGAAACUUCUGUAAUUGACGAUAUCCUCAAACUUAUGUAAUAGGCAAUAUCCUCAAACAAUUCUUUAGUGGUGAAUGCCGAUUUAAAUUUAUAUGACCAGCUCCCAAAUAAUUGGAACACUUUGUCUUAAUGAAUCUACCACUAGAGCAGGGUUUGUUCUGAAGCCUCAUUAAAGGUUUAUGAGCCAGUAGCCAAUGGUACAUCUUGCAGGGGCAAAGUGUACUUUUCAUCUGAUACCUAUGAUUUUUUUCUGUUAGAAAAAAAAUAAAUGAAUAAGACUUUCCUCUUGCAAAGUCCCCAUUAAGUGGGGGAGAUUAAUGGUGUACUGUAGAUUGAAAACAUUAGAGAAAAUAGAGGAGCCCUUCUGAUUUUAGAUCUUAAUUUUUUCUUAGUAGAAACACAGGAUAUGAUUCUAUUGGGAAAAUAUGUGCAUUUUAAGCGAAUAUACAUUUUAAACACUGAUGUCAUUGAGGAAUUUUCUCAAAUUUGCACAUAGACCAACUAACCUUUUAUCUUUCAUUGUCUCCUGUCAUUUCUGUGGGCAAGAAGAUAGAUUUUUUAAGUCUUAAGCAUAGGAGAGCCUUUUUUUGUGUGUGUGCGUUGCCAAACACAGUGGCUUCUGAGCCCCUCACAGGAUGUUGAAGCUUUUUGUAUUUGGUGGGCUCCCCUGAUUUUCUUGAUCAUUGAAUAUACUUCCCCACAGGUUGCCUUCAAAAGGGUCCUUAGUUCAGGCUGAGCCAGUUACCAAAGCACUAUGUUGCCGACUUGGAGGGGGUGAGUCCCCAUCUUCAAGCACUGUUACUUUUGAGAAUCUGUCUCUUGUUGUGUAUUGCCACCCUAAUGAGAUGUUAAAUUGAGCUCAGCUUAAAAACUAAGACUUCUCUACUUCUCAUUUUUGGUCAUAGUUCCACUUCGAGGAUUUCUCCCACCUUCUCUGAGGCUGAUAAUAGCCCCCCAUGUUACCCCUCUCUGACUUGUCCCUGUGCUGUCACCACAUGUGACAUUUUCACCCAACUGCUCUUACAACUCAUUCCUCCGGUACCCAGGCUUCUAUUGAUGUGACCCAACCUUGUCUCCACACGUUCAAUAGUAUUGACCAGGACUGGCUUCCCUCUGGCCAUCAAUUACCUCUGCGUCCUUUGGGUUUGUUUCUGAAAAUACUUAAUUCCUCACAUCAUUAUUGUAGCAUGUUCCAAAAUAAGACUGCUCUCUUGAUUUGGAGACUUUUAAGAAACACACAACCGUGCAUGCAUGUGUGAUAUACAGGUGGUCGCAGAUUUGCGGUGACUUAAGGGAAAUGGCCUGCCUGGAACCCACCCAGAAGGGGGCUAUAAAGAACCAUGUUGCUACACCUUGUAAUUCCCUUCCCCGUCCUUCUUGGUUCUAACCUUAAGCUCCCUGGGCCAGCUUUGCCUUUACAAACACCCGCCCAAGCCCCGUUAUCCUCACUUUUCACCUCAGGCUAGGGAAGUGUUGGAGGCUAGAGUUACUAUCCUGAGACCACCUUCCUCCUUUACCUCUCUCCACCAGACCCCCAGUAAAGUGACCCACUAGGCCUUUCCUCUACCCCAAACCCUCCUUUCUUUCCCAGUGCUGCCAAGAUUAUAUGAAUCUGCUUUUCUCAGAUCUGGGUUUCCAGAGGCUCUGAUUGCACCAACUUGUGAUUUUUUUCUUUAGAAUCCAAGUGGGAAAAAUUAGAAGGUGGGAAGGGUUGGGCAUGGGGUGGGAGAUGUAUAUGAGUGUGUUAUAAAAAGUAACCCCUUCAUCCCUGACAGUGAAGGGAAGCAGGCCACCCUAAUAAAUUGUGGACUGAUGCUUAAAAGGAAAAAAAAAAAGAAAGAAUGAAGGCAAUUGUCAGUUAGCCAAAGACAUGGUUGUAUUCUCCUUGCAUUUGCCCGGACAGGCACCUGCUGACCCCAUUCCCCACCACACCCCUUGGGCAAAAGCUAUGGAACCACCAACAGCGACUUGAAAGGCUUCUCCCCUCCCUCACUGUAGAUUUGUUGGGGGAAAGUAUGUAGCUGGCAUCGUGGAGACUGAAUGCACUUCCCCAAAGAAACAUAGUUAUGGGAGAUUGUUCGGUUCUAGUCUACAGUGCUAGACUUGAGAAUUUAAUAGGCUAGCCUCGGAGCCCAGCCACCCUGGAUAACUUUGCACAGGGUUCUUCCAAUAAGUUGGAGACUGCAUCCUGUGUGUUUCCUCAGCUAAUGUUAAAGCCCAAACAUGAUGAAUUUAAAAUGCAGUGUUUUCACUGGAGAAAUGGCUUCAAAAGGUGGCUUGGUUCCCACUCUGAGGGAUUAACAGCCUGCAGAUUUAAAUUAGGAAAAGAAGAGAACGGGCUGCCUACAUCCUAAAACACUUAGAAACCUAAAGAAACAAACACUGCAAUUAACAAAGAGACUGACUGGCAAACCCCUCCUCCCCCCAAGAACAAAAAAACAGCCAAUUUCCUCAAAUCAACCAAAUGCUCUCUGUUCUAAGAUGUUUGGAAAUACUAUAUGUACAUAGAUUGUUUCAGACCUGAUUCAUUUGUUGCAAAUUUUAUUUAUUUUAAGCAUGUGCAGUGUGGCUUUCUUCUGUGUGUGGGGGGGUGUGUGUGGGUGUGGGUAGAGAAAUGUUUCAACCAAGCGCUGUUUGUGUCCAAGAGAAUGCUAGCUUAGGUUGUAGCGACUGAUGGUGAAGGUAGCUCCUACCUGGCUGUCGGGUCUGAUCUGUCCACUGCCAAACCGCCGUUUUGUGUAGCACGAUAUAAAGUUCUAUGUCAACCAAUGUGAAAAAGAAAAUCUGUAAAGUCUUAGUAUAUUUUCACCUCACAGUGUGUGGUCAUCCCGGAACUCAAAACAGGUGCCAUUAUUUUUUUAAAUAAAUGUGAUUGAUGUUAGUU